AUGAAGCUCCAUUCUUCUGAUGACGAUGUGGUAGACGGGGUUGUUUGCAUACUCAAAGCAGUCAUUUUUAAGCCAAACUCAUCUGGAAGCAGUCUCACUGACACCAGAGAGGUGGAUGCUAUGCUACCAUUGCUGAUUCACCUUCUAGUCUGUUUGAUAACUCAUUUGUGUGUCGUCAGAUUCAAAGGACAAACUUUCCCAGUUAUCAUGAAGAUCGUUCUCCCUUAUACUUGA